CCGAGCCUGCGGUUCCGAGGGCACUACCACCACCACCAUGGAAUCUACACGCCGCCGAUGAAGCGACCGUCGUUAUUAUCUCACGUGCCGAUAACAAAGAAACAGAAAAUCGAAUCUCCGCCGCUCACGGAAAUCUCAGUACCCACGACACACGGAUGACGGAUCGUACGACAGCCUCCAUCGUACGAAGAAACACCCAGAGUCUGCAGCGGACACUGCCCCACGAACGCAGAGGACGAGCGCACGCGCGCGCCGUCCACCGCACGCUGCUGAAGCGACGCGAUGGAGGAUCCGAGCGAGAUCAAGAGGCGGAUCGUGCGAGCGCUGUGCCGCUCGGCGCGGGCGCUGCGCGAGGAGCAAGCGGCCUGGGCGGAGGGUCCCGUCGACGGCGAGGACGAGCGCGGCCUGGCGCUCUGCUCGGCCAUCGAGGCCGCCUUGGUACACGGCCUGCGGCCCCACCUGCUACGCGCCGAGCAGGCCUGGCUCCCACUGUGGAGGUGGUGGGCCCCGGGGCUCCCAGCCGCGCCGUUGCCCAACCCUCACUUCUGGCCGGUGUUGGGCGCUCUCACGCACAGCAACGUGAUGGAGCAGCUGACCUCGCUCAAGUUCGUGCGCACCGACGUGGGCCGCUGCCGCGCAUGGCUGCGCGUGGCGCUCAACGACGGGCUGCUCGCGUGCUACCUCGACUCGCUGCUGUGUGACGCCGCCGCCCUCGCCGAGUGGUACGAGCCCGGGGCCCUCCUCCUCGACGCCGAGCAAUCGCCGGCGCUGCUCGCCGCGCUGCAGGGCCUCGACUCCGUCCGUUUCCAGCUCUCGUAUCGCUCUGCGGCGCUCGACCAGUGGACGCCAGGCCCGCUGGCGCUGGCCGGGCUGUGCCCUGCCGAGGAGGAGUCGUGCGGAACGGCGCACGCCGAGCCGCCCGUCGCCCUCGGCGCGACGGACGGGAAAGAUGGCGACGCAGGCGAUCGGCGGCCUCCGGUCGGCUCGCCCGAAGCCGAGCGGCAGACGGAAAGAGAUCGGGGGGCUGAUUCCACGUCCGCCGCGGAUGGAGUCGAGGCGGAGCGUGGGAAUCGCGCGUCCCAUUCGCAGAUCGACUUGCCGGUCGGCGGGGGCGUCGCCUGGCCGACGGCCCGUGAGGCCGCAGAGCCGAGCGGGGUUGCGAUGGUGCCGUCGGCCUGCGAUUCGGACUCGGCGGGGCCCGCGGCCGCGACCGGCCGAGCGGGAAGCGGGCGCGGAGAGAGCCCCUCGGCGGAGGAGGAGGAGGCGACUUCGGUGGCACGCCAACAGGAGGCACCGCCCAAGGGAGCUGCGGAGAGCAACGGGGAUUCAAACCCAUUUGCGAAGAUGCUCGCGUGGAUCAAGGAGGUAGGGCUGGCAGGUGGUAGCGACCAAGGGAGGGAGGCUUCAUCCGGAGAGCCCCCAGUCACCGCGGAUGAACGAGCGGCGCCUGACGCCGCGGUGGAAUUUCCAAGUUCUGCGGCACGCGAGGUUGACGGCAGGGAGCAGAAGGUGAGCGGGAAGGAAGCGAAGGCUUCCUCAAGCGGGCCUCCCGUCAGCGUCAUCAACCGGGCUCUGCCGGGUGGCGAUCACAACGAUGGAACGUUGGAUGGCGCUCAUAGCGGCGCUGAGUUGGAGCUUCCUUCUCCUCCACUGAUGGAGCCGCAGCAGGGGACUGCGAAUCCAGAGGCCACACGCGGCUGCGGUGAGACAAUCGGGCCCUCGGAUGUGACGGAUCAUCGCGAACGUGAACCCGAAUUGUCUCCCAGUGUCGAGAGAAGGGCCCAUCCAUCGCAGCCACUCUUUAUGGAAUUUUCGGAUUUGAACGAAGAAAUAGAUGGCGGCGACAUUCUGUUCUCCAGACAUCUGCAGAGUCAUCCCAAAAAGAAGGCUAAAAAGCCCAAGAAGACAGCUCUGGGUGUUCUAUUUGAAGAUCCAAAGGGUGCAAAGGAAAUGCCCUGCAAAUCUAAAUCGGCGGCAGAUGCCAAUACGGUUAAUGCUGGGAAGCCAGGCCAUGCAAAGGCAGGGCCAAAUCAAUCAUCGUCGGACUGCUCGAGAGAAAACAAAAAUGUGAGCUUCUGCAAAGAACCGUGCCCUGACUUGAAAGGAAACUUGGGCAGUGAUCGCGAAAGUCGCAUUUCUUUGCCGGAAAUCCAAAUCUCACACAUCACUCAAGGCGACUUCACAAAAAGGUCAGGUCAAGAUGAAAACACCACAGCAGACCCACUGUCCCAGUCUCCAAGAGGCACCGGCGUCGUGGUGGAAGGAGACAACUCCCCGCCUCGAGCCGGAAACACAGGUGACAACGACGCGGUCGACUCGUCGCGCAGCCCGAACCUCAUCUCCGCCGCCGUCAGCAACAUCGCCAAGGCCUCGGGGUGCCUCCCCACCAACGACUCGAGCGAUGACGAUUUCUACGGCCACUACCCGGACGGCUCCAGCGAGGCGGAGCCCCUCGGCGGGCCCAGCGGCGCGAGGAUCUCGCGGACGAGCGCGACGCGGAAAAGCAGGAAGGUCACGAGGAGAAGGAAGGAGCUGGGUCCGACCAAGGCGACCGCCAGGGCCGGGGAGAUGGCGGUGCCGGCGGCGGUAGCGGCGCUACUCCAGGACGUCCCAAACCGGCACCAGGGCGGCCGCUCGUCGUGCUCCUCCAUUGACGACGACGACAUCGUGGUGGUGGCUCACAGGAAGACCCAGGGAGGAGCGGAGGACCCGUUCGGGGGCGUGCGCAAGAUGGGCCUGCUGCUCAAGCGACGACGCAUGAAGACGUGGAAGGAGUACUUCUGCGAGCUGACCGCGUCCGAGCUACGCCUCUACCUCCCGGACGGCCGAGCCGCCGACAACCCCGCGCCGCCGCCUUCGCCGGUCGACCCCGCCGCCCCCGCGGGAGAGGCGGCGCGACCUUUCGACGGCGCUCCGGGCGAGAGGUCCGGCCACGGAGCGGUGGCGGUGUCGCUGAACGACGGCUACGUCCUGCACAAGGCGUACUCGCUGCGGCUGUGCCAGAGCGUCGCCCUGCUGGGCCUGACCAAGCUGUCGGUGUACGCCGCGCCGGCCGACUGCCUCGAGCUGUGCUUCGCCGGACAAAAGCUCUUCUUCCAGGCGGGCUCCGCCGACGAUGCCGAGGACUGGGUGGAGAGGCUGCGGGAGGUCCUGCACGAGAUGGGGCACCGCGCCGUGGAUGAGUGACGGCGGCGGCAGCUCUGGGUCUGUGCCCUGAGACGCUGCAGGCGAGCCUUUCGACGCUUCGGUCUGGCCUCAUAGUGCACCUGGCCUGGCACACGCGCCAUAGUGAUGUCAAUGCCGGUUCGUGGCAAAUGGCGGUUGUUGUAGGUGGUGCUGGUGGUGAUGUUGAUGAUGAUGUUGGGUGGUGGUGUUUGUUGUUGUGAUGGUGGUAAUGGUGAUGAUGGUUGAGGUUGUGGUCAUUGCGGUGGUGGUGGUGGUGGUGUUUGUGACAGUGGUACAUGCAAAACAAGCAGAACCCUCUUGGGACAAAAAUAGACUCAGUGACGUUUCACUGGGUGCACAUGCACAUGCACGGCAGCCUUCUGCCAACCCACUGCUGGACGAGGGCCUCCUCACGUCGCGGCUUGUCGAAGGCAAUAAGCGUAGACUUGGCAGCACAGAAGUUCACUACUUGACAACAAUGGAUUUUGCUGCACGGCCCAUUGCUGCCCGCAACGGGGGCUACCUGUGGGAUUGUAUCCAACACACAGUUGCUGUUUGCGCCGGGUGUGCUCGUGGUGGUGCUGGUGGUGGUGGUCGUGGUCGUGGUGGUCGUGGUAGCUCAUGCAAGGGUCGUCACGAGCAUCGGACUUUGAACAUGCAAGGAUAGGAGGUGGCCAGGAGAUGGCAGUGGAGCAAGUAUGAAGAUCACCUUCUACCUGUAACAUAGACAAAGAUCCCCCGAGUAGCCUUAACAGACUUGUUGGGGCAAGUGUCGUUAGCACCCACGAAGGCCGGCACGGCUCGCAAGGGGGUGGGUGGACAGCACCACGCCCGGCCGCCUUUGUCUCCCUAGUGGCGAUGGUUGCACAACUCACCAGGUACUCAUUUGAGGCUGAAUCGACCUAGAGGAGACCCAGGACCAGGUCAGAUAAUCGUCACUGGUGUUGGCCUUGAGCUGGAAUAGAACUAUGGUUGGCAGGUUUGUACCGCAGCGUGCUAACCGCUAUGACUACCGCUGCCCAUCUGCUAUCUACGGAUACGCACACAGACGUUGUUAAGAGUUAUACUCAAGGUAUACUGGAGGUUGGGGAAAAGGUUGUCAGACGCUACAGAUUCCUCCCACUCAUGAAAAUAUAAAUCAAGGAAGUGGUCGAAUUUCCCAAACGGGACACUCGUAAGAGGGCAUCUUGAGACUCGGCGAAGCCUCACCUGGGUAAAGCCUCACCUGGGUAAAUCAACGACUAGGGGACUCAAAGACGACGGUGAUCAUGAUGGGGUUGGCUUCGUGGAUGAUCUCUUUAUUUAGCAUCCCACCCAGCAGUGACAUCACACAGUUGUUGUGCGAGUGCCACGUCAUGAUACAGGCAGCUCUCCGUUGAGAACUGUCACGACUCACUCUGCACCACCCUGUGUGGAUGUCCGCGAGCGAUUACGUCACGCGAAUGGCACACCUUUCGUACGGCCUGCACGUCAAUCAAAUCCACAUUUUCAAACGUCAGAUUUGGAAUAUUGCUAAUUCAAUAAAGAAAAGCUACAUUUAUAUUAUUGGUUCUAUCGGUAACGUCACGUAGAAGGGAAACAAUACAAUAAUACAAAAUAUAACAAAUAUUUUUUUAUUACUUUUUUAUUAUUUUAUUGUUUCCUUCUACGUGACUUUACCGAAAGAACCGAGAAUAUGAAUCCCUGCAGUCACGAAAUCUUUAAAUCAAAAAGCUACAUUUGUUCCAGUGUUAUAUUUUUUGGGGUGCAGUCAUUCAUUGAUGGCCAAGGUGAGACCAUCAACUCGAGACUCUUGAAGGCAUCGGUGGCCUCGAUUAAACGUGGCUGAAACCUGGAUUCAAACCCAGACUCUCAGCGGUGCUGGCACAAUGUUAUCCCCGUGCGCCACCUUGCCACCUUAAAUGGAUGACCAAUCUCACACAUACACGCACAAUCUUAGACACACACGUGCACGCAUAGGGCACGUGUGUAUGUAGAUGUCCUUGUUCAAAGAUGGGGUUUGUGCAAAAGCUUAGAAGAGUUAGAAGGUCAGAUUGAUAGGAAUUUCCCAAUUGUCUUAAUUGCAAAACCCACCGACCAGGACUGUUUUAUAUCUCCCUCUCAACCUCGAUACUUCCUGAAGGUCAGAUGUCCCUUUCAAAUAAACACGUUGUUACUUUUAAACAGCCUGGUAAUUUGUGUGUAUGCUCACUGAAGCA